UCAAAGUCCUUUUUUGACUGCUACUUAAUCGCUGUAGAAAAAAAAACUUUACAAUGGCUAAAUCAUCGAACAGAAUCAUGCCGGGUCCACUUGUAGGUGCUAUCGACCAAGGCACUAGUUCCACUCGUUUUUUGGUUUUUAAUGCAACAACUGCGGAGCUUCUCAGCCACCACCAGGUUGAGGUUAAACAGAGCUUUCCCAAAGAAGGCUGGGUUGAGCAGGAUCCAAAAGAGAUUCUUCACUCUGUGUAUGAGUGCAUGGAUAGGACCUGUGAGAAACUAACUCAACUCAACACUGACAUCUCCAACAUAAAAGCCAUUGGUGUGACCAAUCAGAGAGAGACAACUGUUGUGUGGGAUAAAGAAACUGGUGAACCACUUUAUAAUGCUGUGGUUUGGCUUGAUCUACGGACCCAAUCCACAGUUGAGAAACUCAUCAACAAAACACCAGGCAGGAACAAAAAUCAUCUCAAGCUCAAGACGGGACUUCCCAUCAGUACAUACUUCAGUGCUGUAAAGUUACGCUGGCUAAUGGAUAACGUGGAAGAGGUUCAUGAAGCUGUGAUUUCACAUAGAGCCAUGUUUGGAACAAUUGACUCCUGGCUCAUCUGGAGCCUGACAGGGGGGAGGGAGGGAGGUGUCCACUGCACAGAUGUGACCAAUGCCAGUCGGACCAUGCUCUUUAAUAUUCAUACAUUGGAUUGGGAUCCUGAGCUCUGCACAUAUUUUGAGGUACCAAUGGAAAUUCUGCCCAAAGUGAGAAGUUCUUCAGAGAUCUAUGGUUUAAUGAAAUCUGGCCCUUUAACUGGUGUUCCCAUAUCUGGGUGUCUCGGUGACCAGUCUGCUGCCCUGGUUGGACAGAUGUGCUUCAGGGAUGGACAAGCCAAAAAUACCUAUGGGACUGGUUGUUUCCUUCUUAGAAACAUAGGAACAAAGCCUGUAAUGUCAGACCAUGGCCUUCUGACAACGGUUGCUUACAAAUUAGGAUGUGACAAACCAGCAUGCUAUGCCCUAGAGGGUUCUGUUGCCAUUGCAGGAGCAGUAGUGCGUUGGCUAAAAGAUAACCUUGGAAUCAUUGAAACCCCCACAGAAUUAGAGAAAUUAGCGGCUGAUGUUGGUACAUCAUAUGGCUGUUACUUUGUCCCUGCUUUCUCUGGAUUAUAUGCACCUUACUGGGAACCAAGUGCCAGAGGAAUCAUCUGUGGUCUAACACAGUUCACCAAUAGAAGUCAUGUGGCUUUUGCAGCACUUGAAGCUGUCUGCUUCCAAACACGAGAGAUUCUGGAUGCAAUGAAUCAGGAUAGUGGGAUUGCUCUCUCUCAGCUCAAGGUUGAUGGAGGAAUGACCUCUAAUCGGUUACUGAUGCAGCUACAGGCAGACAUACUGUGUAUUCCAGUUGUUAAGCCAUCUAUGCCUGAGACCACUGCUUUGGGCGCUGCCAUGGUGGCAGGAGCAGCUGAGGGGGUCAGGAUUUGGAGUUUAAACCCAAAAGAUCUUACUGAGGUCAUUUCAGAGAAAUUUGAACCUCAAAUCAACCUAGAAGAGAGUGAACUGCGAUAUGCUCGCUGGAAGAAAGCUGUUCAGAGGGCUAUGAACUGGGAAACCACUGAACCAGUCAACAAUGGAAAUGAGACUAGUGUCUUCUGUAGUGUACCCUUGGGAUUUUACAUUCUGGGUAGCAUGUUUAUGCUAAUUGGAUCAAAGUACAUUGCAGGACAGGAAUAGAAUCAAAUCUUUCUACAUUUCAGAAGAUGGGAGAGAAAAGCUAAAAAUCUUCUUCAGAAAUAUCUGAGGAUCUUCAUGACUGUGGCGCAGGACGUUCUACAUUGUAUGGGGGACACUUCAAAAAGUGAAUGAAACAAUAAUUAAAGUGCAGUUUUUAGUAAAUUAAGCUGUUUUGAGUAUUAACAGCAAGGGAAUUGUGUCAUAUGGUGUACAGUAUAUGAAUAUAAAGUAAAACUAACUCAUGCAGUAA